AUGCAGCGGCAUUCUACCAAUGGCAUCAACGGUCGACGAUCUAGUGACGUCCCGCAGACAGGUUCAGAUGACCUUUCGAAUUCCAUAGCCAUAGUUGGCAUCAGCUGCAAGUUUGGAGGUGCAGCUGCCAGCAUGGAUGGGUUAUGGCACACUUUGACCAGCGGUGCAAGUUGUUGGUCCCCAAUACCCAAGAGCCGCUUCGACAUUGCCCACACGUACCAUCCCGACCCGCUGCGAACAGAUAGUCUCCAUGUAAAGGGCGGAUUUUUUAUUGAGGAGGAUCUGACGAAAUUUGAUGCGCCGUUCUUCAACCUCACAGCGGAGGCUGCCAAGGCCAUGGACCCUCAGCUUAGGCUGCUUUUGGAAGGGGUAUAUCAGGCGACUGAAAAUGCGGGAAUCCCCACUGAGAAGCUUGCUGGGUCCAACACUUCUGUAUUCUCUGCAACCUUUGGCAGAGAUUACACAGAAAUGCUCAUGAAAGACGCGGAUGCACUUCCCACGUCGUUAGUCACUGGAAAUGGCCCGGCGAUGUUCGCAAACAGAGUCUCCCAUUUCUACAACCUACAGGGUCCAAACUUCUUCAUUGCCAUUUCGAAUCUCGGCCUCCUGCAUGAAGAUGGAAAAUGUUACUCUAUGGAUCAUCGCUGGGGAGGCUACGGGAGGGGCGAGGGUAUGGCAGUGUUGGUGUUGAAGAAGCUCUCUGCAGCGGUCGAAGACGGGGACCACAUUCACGCUGUGAUACGCGAAUCAGCUGUCAAUCAGGACGGUAAAACAGGGACCAUAACUUCACCAUCCAUGGAGGCGCAGCGUUCCCUCAUUCAGCAAUGCUACAGCCGGGCGGGAAUAGACCUAUCGUCCACCGGGUACGUGGAGGCUCAUCUCACAGGAACCGGGGGUGAUGCAAUCGAAGCUGAAGCCUUGGCGAGAACUUUUGGAAAAUCGAGAGAAUCAGGUGACCCAAUUUGGGUCGGAUCUGUCAAAAGCAACAUCGGACACACCGAACCUGUUAGCGGGCUGGCGGCCGUUAUCAAAGCGGCUCUUAUGCUACGACACAAGCAAAUUCCUGCCAAUAUCACUUUCGAAAAGGUAAAUCCAAACAUUCCAUUAGAUGAGUGGAACUUACAGGUACCGACAUCUUUGAUACCAUGGCCUCAAAACAAGCCAUUGAGGAUAUCUGUCAACAAUUUUGGCUACGGUGGGACUAAUGCACACCUCAUCCUGGACGCGCCCCCAAUCAUAGACAUGCAGAAUCAUCACGAACCCCAAGAUAUCACUAAACCUUUGUCUUUGGUCUACAUCUUGACCGCAAAAGAAGAGGUUGGCACGAUUCAAAGAAGCAGAGACUUGGCAAAGUACAUUCAAAACGCGCUGCAAGAUGAAAGCGUACCAGCGCCAAAAGACCUUGCCUACACACUUGUUGAGCGUAGAUCGCGGUUUCCAUGGUCAAUCGCUGUCAGAGCUCGCAGUUUAGGGCAACUAGCAGAGAUUCUCGAAGACCCGCGCCGGCAGCCAAUUCGCGCAUCGUCUUCCCCAGUCCGGAUAGGCUACGUUUUCAAUGGCCAAGGGGCGCAAUGGUAUGCCAUGGGCCGCGAACUAAUGAGCGCAUCGGAGGUGUUCAGUACAUCGAUCGACCGCGCAGAAGCUCACCUGCAGGGAUUUGGCGCGCUUUGGUCAUUGAGGGAAGAGCUAUCACGAGAUGCGAGAAGUACGCGAGUCCAUGAUGUUGAGUUGAGCCAGCCACUCAGUGUCGUUGUUCAAAUUUGCUUAGUGGACUUGCUGCGAUCUUGGAAAAUCACUCCAUCGGCUGUAGUCAGUCACUCAAGUGGCGAGAUUGCGGCAGCCUACGCAGCGAAUGUACUUUCAUUCAGAGAAGCUGUCGGGGUCGUAUACCAUCGCGGACGACUUGCCAAGAAGUACCAAAAACUUGCAGCACUCUCAGGUGGGAUGAUGGCUGUUGGUUUAGGCGCAGAAGAUGUCCAGGAGUAUAUCACUAAUCUCCCUUCUGUGGGCCGAGUGGUGGUCGCUUGCAUCAACAGCCCAGCUAGCGUCACAAUCUCCGGUGACCUGGACGCUCUCGAUGUAGUGGCAGAUCGUUUGGACGCAGAUGAUGUUUUCGCGCGAAGACUAAAAGUCCCAUUAGCGUACCACUCACACCAUAUGGAAUUCAUGGCUGAGGAGUACCAAAGUUGUCUGGAAGAGCUUCUCGGACCCUCCAAAGAGGGCGACUUGGACAUCGUUUUUGCAUCUCCAGUGACUGGUGGCAUUGUCACUUCACGCUCAACCUUUGGUGCUACACAUUGGGUACGCAAUCUCACAAGUCCCGUUUUGUUUUCUACCGCCUUGAAAUCGAUGAUCUUUGGAUCAUAUGGGCCUCAUGACGAAGCGAGUGUACCGCCAGCGUCAAAUCAGCAGAUUUCCAUCUGCCUGGAGAUUGGAGCGCAUGAUACGUUGUCAGGUCCUGUCAGACAGACCCUGCGCGAUACGCGCAUGCCAUAUAUCUCAUGUCUGAAACGACCCCUGAAUGCGGUGGACACAAUGCAAGAUGUCGCUUGCGUUCUGGUGGCCCGAGGCUACCCUGUUGAUCUAACAGCAGUCAAUAACCCAUCUUCGAAAUCCUCGUGCCAAUUUACCUAUAUCCACGACCUUCCGGAGUAUCCUUGGAAUCACCAGAAUUCCUAUAUGCUUGAACCACGAGCUUCUGAAGAGCACCGACUCAAACGUUUCAAGCCCCAUGAAUUACUUGGCAGACUUGUUCCCGGCACAAACCCUCUCUCUCCUACUUGGCGCAACUUCCUCCGCGCCAACGAUAUUCCUUGGCUUAUUGACCACCAACUGGAGUCCAGUGUGGUUCUACCGGGUGCGGGAUAUGUUUCAAUGGCUGUUGAAGCAAUGCGUCUCUUCAAAGACAACUCCGAUGAAGAUGCGCCUGGUUUGCAGUAUCAAUUGCGCGAUGUGGAUAUUGUGAACGCUCUCAUAAUACCGCAUACGACGAGUUCGUCUAACAGAGGGACGGAAAUCCAUUUCUCACUGCGUCCCUGCAGUGAGAAGGACUUGGACAAUGCAGACUGGUACGAAUUCGAGCUGUGGUCAGUCAGCGCCAGACAUUCUUGGAUACGCCACUGCAAAGGCUGUAUCACUGCUAGAACAGAUCACAAGUCAACCCUACCGGAGAUUCCGGUAUUUUCGUCUGCUUCUGAAAUUCUCAAUAAGAAGCAGGCUAAGGAGGUAGAGCCUGAAACUCUGUAUCGGAAGUUGCGAGACUCCGGGUUCCAUCAUGGGCCAACAUUCCAGAAUAUCAUUCAGACUCGAGUACUUGGCGAAAGAUCGGAGACAAAAUUCGCCAUAGCUCCAGUGGCAUUCGAGUACGAACAGCAAUAUGUGAUACAUCCAACGACACUGGACUCAAUUUUCCAAUGCUGCUACGCUUCCCUGCCAAGAGAUCUUACAAUGGACGCAAUGUUCAUUCCUCGCUCUAUAGGAAAUGUGACCAUUCCUUCUCAGCUUGGCACUCAUGUUAAUCAAACAUUACUCGCAAGCUUGGAUUGCUUAUCAUCAGACUCAAAAGGCUCGCUAUUUAAAGGGAUAGUAUGCGCUACCGGAGAUGAUGACUGUUUAGUCAACGGUGUGCGCCAGAAAGGAGCAUUCGAGAUUCAGAACCUUCGUCUUCAGCGUGUCACUCAGACGGCAACUGCUACUCAGAACACCAAGCCUUCAAACCUACCCAUUCACUCCAAAAGUCGCUGGGAACUCAACAUCCAAUAUGCUAUUCCCGAUGGUAUCAAAGAAUCAAUGAGGAUCGCGUUGAGCCAGCCUGAACUAGAGUUUGCAAGAAACGUUCGCGAAGUUUCCUACCACCAUCUCGCUAGGGCUCUUCAGCAGCUGGGACCAACGGCCAAUGAAAAAUGGACAUGGUAUCACAAGCGCUUCUUCGAAUGGAUGGGUAUGGUUGUCCAAGCAGCCGAUGAAAAUACUUUGAUGUCUGGAAGCGGCUUGUGGCGCACUAGAAACGAAGCUUCCAUCCAAAAUCUUUGUAAAGAGGUGGCCCAAGCCAACGCCUCUGGGGAGAUGGUACAUCGCAUCGGAAGACGUCUGUUUGACAUUGUGGAGGGUAAGCUGACACCUCUGGAGUUGAUGAUGGAAGACGGACUUUUGAACCGGUACUAUGAAGAACUGCCGCAACUUUGCAACGGCUCCUACAAGCAUCUCCGAAAGGUUGUCGAGCUCUACUCUGUCAUCGAACCUGGAUCACGAGUCUUGGAAAUCGGCGCCGGGACUGGUGGAGCUACCUCUGUUGUUUUAGAAGCUUUCGCUGCGCGAUCAGAAGUUGAAUCGGGCGCUUCACUACUGGGUCAUUACGAGUUUACGGAUAUUUCUUCCGGCUUCUUCGGGGCAGCAAAGACCAAGUUCACUACUUGGGAAGAUAUGAUGGCUUACUCCAAGCUCGAUAUAGAGCAGGAUCCGGUGGAGCAGGGUUUCGCAGCCCACAGUUACGACCUUGUAGUUGCAUCACAUGUGCUGCACGCGACAACUAGUCUAAAGCGUACCUUAUCUAACGUCAGGAGAUUAUUGCGACCAGGAGGCCAGCUCGUUCUGCUUGAAGGAAGCCAAGAUUCCCUCGAUGUCCAACUGAUCUUCGGCACGGUUGAAAAGUGGUGGUUGAGCGAGGAGCCUGAACGUCAAACAUGCCCCUAUGUCAAUUUGAAGGUAUGGGACGAUGCUUUGAAGGCAUCAGGCUUCACUGGCAUCGAAUUCGAGAUUGGAGACUGCGAGGAUCCUGAGGUUCAGUUCACGAGCACCAUCGUGACGCACGCCAAAGUUCAGGAUCCUGUAUAUCCAUCGUCAGUCUCCAUCGUCGCACCAACUUGUUCGAAACCAGAAGCCUGGGUAGAUCAACUAUCUGACGCCGUGCAACAUAUUACUGGAUCUGCGCCUAUAAUGCAGAGUUUUGGUGAGGCCGAAGCCAAAAACGACUGCUUGCUCAUCAUGGUGCUCGACCAUUCUACACCCUUCAUUGAUACCAUGGAUCGCGAAGCAUUUGAAAAGCUUCGGCACCUCUUGCUUCAUUCCAGAGACAUUCUUUGGCUGAGCUUUGGUGGUGCCAUUGACACUGAGAAUCCUCACUUUGCGCAAAUGACUGGACUUUUCAGGACUCUGCGACGCGAGGAUCCAAGUAAGCGGUACGUUCAUCUGGCAUGUGAACGAUCUGAGAAAUCACUGCCGACAGAAACCAUGCAAAUGCUUGCAUAUGUGUUUGAAAAGAGUUUUGACGACAGUAUAUCGGAGACUACCAACAUGGAUUGGGAGUAUUCUGUCAAAGACAGGAAUCUGUACGUUCCUCGCCUCUAUCCGGAUUUCGAACAAGAUAGGGCUGCCAGUGGAGACGACCAACCUUUGCAGCUGCAAGCGUUCAGCUGCUCCGGCAAAACACUGGUCUUCCAGCCAACACGCAGCGGUGUAUCGGGCACUGGGUUUUGCUUCAUGGAGACUACCAACACAGUGGACGACUUACCGAACGGAUUUGUCGAGGUCGAAGCGAAGGCUUUUGGUCUCAACAUCGUAGGAGCAAAUGAAGAAAACCGGUCGAUUGCACAUGAAGGUAGUGGUCUCGUCAGACAGCUUGGUCCAGGCACACAAGACUCUGGACUCCGUGUCGGCGAUCGAGUCUGCGGCAUCUUCAAAGGUCCUAUCAGCAACAACGGUCGCGCUCACUGGACGAGCAUCUCCAAAGUUCCCGACAACUUCACUUGGAGUGAAGCUGCAUCUAUACCAUAUGCACAUGCAACCGCCUGGUUGGCCCUUUGUCACAUAGCAAGGCUGCAAAAGCACGAGCGAGUGUUGUUACACUUCGCGACCGCUGGUGUUGGCCAAGCUGCUCUCGCAUUGGCAGAGAACAUCGGUGCUGAGAUUUUUGUCGUUUGCGGGACAGAUGAGGAGCGUCGAGUCCUGCUUGGGUAUCACAACAUCCCUUCUACCCACAUCUUGCCUAGUGGAGCGGCCUCUCUCGUCGCUGCCAUAAUGUCUCACACCAAUGGCCAAGGCGUCGACGUUACGCUAAGCCCCGUCACUGGACCAUUGCUCAAGGCAACCUGGGAGUGCACUGCUCCGUUCGGUCGAUUUGUACAGAUCGGUAAGGCCGAUGCAGAACGAUCGAAGCAUCUUGAUAUGUGGCCUUUUGGCCGCGGCGUAUCUAUGACUGGCCUGGACGUUCUUCAGUACAGCGAAAUGAAGGGUGCGAUGGUACACACUGCGUUGGCAAAAUCCAUCGAAUUGCUUCAACACAAGCGAACCAGACUUACAGCCCAUCUCAACAUCUUCAAACUCGCCGAAGUUGACAAAGCGCUUCAGUAUGUCCGGGGUAAGAGCUAUGUUGGCAGUGCUAUCAUCCUUCCACAGCCAGGCGAAAAGGUUCAUGUCAUUCCCAAGACUGUGAUUUCACUCGGUGUAGACUCUCCGGGUUCUACCUACUUAAUCGUUGGUGGUCUGGGGGGUAUUGGGCUAGCCACCGCUUAUUGGAUGAUGGAACAUGGGGCCAAGAACUUGCUGAUAGUCUCCCGCAAUGCCUUGGCACAUCCGAAGGGGUUGGCGUUGGCUCAAAAGGGAACAGAGUGUGGCUGCAAUGUCCAUAUACGCAAUUGCGACAUAUCCGAUGAGGCCAAUGUGCGUCAUCUUCUCGCAAAGGCAAAGGAAGACAUGCCUCCGAUCCGUGGCGUGCUUCAGAUCGCUGCAAUACUCGACGACACAAUCUUCGAACGUAUGACGUUUGAGCAAUGGCAGAAAGCCAUCGGUCCCAAGGUUAGCGGUACCUGGGCCCUGCACAACAACCUGUCUGACCUCGAGUUUUUCAUAACAACCUCAUCCGCCACGGGAGUGCUGGGCAAUGUGUCACAGAGCAAUUACACCGCCGGUGGCACCUUCCAGGAUGCGUUUGCACGAUACCGCACUUCUCUUGGCCUGCCUGCCGUGACCAUCGAUCUUGGCCCAAUCGAUGAUGUCGGAUAUGUUGCGGAAGGCGGAGACGUAGUCAAGAAUCGCGUGGAGAAGGCUCUCGGAAUGAAGUGUCUUCCCAUCGCACAUGUCCUCCGACUUUUCGAGGAUGCGAUCAGAAAUCCAAAGCGGCGCUACGCAGAGAACAGCCAGGUAAUUACCUGUAUUUCUGGAUACCGUAGCUUGGUCGACGAUCCAGCUGUAAAGCGUGACCGUCGAUUGGGAACUCUCCGACUAGGCGAUAUCAUGGCGACAGAAGUCUCGGCUCACGGGCAGUCCGACUCCGCCAGAGAUAUCGAGGGUUUGUUGUCCCGGUUGUCGGCAAUGUCGGCUUCUGUUGGGGGCAACUUGAAAGACAUCAUCACGGACCUCUUGGUGGCCAAGCUCGCGGAGCUUUUCAAUCUGGAAAAGAUCGACAUUGACACUGGUGAUGCUCUGACAAGUAUCGGUGUCGACUCUUUAGUUGCUGUGGACUUCAGGAAUUGGCUGGGCAGCGUUGUCAAAGCCAAGGUCAGCAUCUUCGAGAUUCUUCAGACGCCGGCAGUGAGGGAAUUCGCCGGAUUGAUUGCGGAGAGAAUUGGAAACUGUAACGGGCUGAGCCUCGAGUCACAUGACUAG